AUGUUUACUUAUAUUAUUCUCAUCUUGUACGCCUCGAUUUCUGCGCAUGCUGAUCGCUCUCUGUCACUCAAGAUCGUCGCCCCGAGCGCUACCAUUACUGAUGUGGACAACUUUGAUGUUGCUACAAUCAUAUCUAACACUGGUUCAGAGACUCUGCGCUUGCUACGCGACCCUCGUUCUCCUCUCUCGGACCUGCCGACUGAGAAAUUUGCGGUAGUGGACAGCAAGGGCACUCGUGCCGAGUUCAAUGGCAUCAGGGUACGUUAUCAUCCUCAGACGGACGCCAGAAGUGGACGCCCAGAUUCUACCGUGGAGCUCAGUCCUGGAGAGUCGAUCACAAUAGAGCAUAGUCUUGCCGGCGUCUAUAACCUGACUUCUACAGGCGCUGGAUUAUACACAGUAGAUGCUGCCAAUUACUUCAGUGUCAUUGAGGCCAAUAGCUCACUUACAGCCCUGUAUGCCAAAAUUGUUACAGCUGAAGUCACUAUCCUGGGAAAGCUCGCUUCUAUUAAGCACGAUGUACCAUCCCUUAUGAACAAACGGGCAUCUUACACCGGUUGUUCAAUACAACAACAGGCUGAGAUUACAAGUGCUAUCUACUUUGCCCAAAGCUACGCUCGCGAGUCUCAUACUCACCUGAAGCUCAACCCUUCUGGUUCAGCUCGCUAUACCCGCUGGUUCGGAACAUUUGGAAAUGGUCGAUACAAUAAGGUCUUGGGUAGCUUUUCUCGCCUUCUUACUUCACCCAAUAACUGGACGUAUGACUGUGCUACUUGCUCAGACCCAAGACUUUAUGCAUACGUCUAUCCCAAUAAAUAUGGGGUAGUCUACCUAUGCGAAUACUUUUGGAAUGCACCUGCCACUGGCCCUGGCUCUAAGGCCGAUACCAUCAUUCAUGAGGGCACCCACUUUUCCAAAAUCCUAGGUACUCGAGACUAUGCCUACGGUCAGCACGAAUCUUUAGAUCUCGCUCAAUCUAGCCCCAUCAACGCAGUUUACAAUGCCGAGUAA